AUAGGAAUGCGGCAGGGCAGGAGGGCGAACCAGCUCCAAGGCCCAGGGGUUCGUAGCACCAGCCCCCGGCCCGGCUAUGUGGGACCCUCCGGGUGCUGAGGCAUGCGCUACAGCGCUCGGAGGCGCGCUCUUUCUGCUGCUCUUCGCGCUGGGGAUCCGCCAGCUGCUGAAGCAGAGGCGGCCGACUGGCUUCCCUCCCGGGCCGUCGGGGCUGCCAUUUAUCGGCAACAUCUACUCGCUGGCCGCCUCGGGCGAGCUCCCCCACGUCUACAUGAGAAAGCAGAGCCAGAUGUAUGGCGAGAUCUUCAGUUUAGAUCUUGGAGGUAUAUCAGCUGUGGUUUUAAAUGGCUAUGAUGUAGUAAAGGAAUGCCUUGUUCAUCAAAGUGAGAUUUUUGCAGACAGACCAUGCCUUCCUUUAUUCAUGAAGAUGACAAAAAUGGGAGGCUUACUCAAUUCCAGAUAUGGCCGAGGAUGGGUUGAUCACAGAAAAUUAGCUGUAAAUAGCUUUCGCUAUUUUGGAUAUGGCCAAAAGUCUUUUGAAUCUAAAAUCUUAGAAGAAACCAAAUUUUUUAUUGAUUUUAUUGAGACAUACAAAGGUAGACCAUUUAACUUUAAACAAUUAAUAACAAAUGCUGUUUCAAACAUAACCAAUCUGAUCAUUUUUGGAGAACGAUUCACUUAUGAAGACACUGAUUUUCAGCACAUGAUUGAGUUAUUUAGUGAAAAUGUGGAACUGGCUGCCAGUGCCUCAGUCUUCCUGUAUAAUGCCUUUCCAUGGAUUGGCAUCUUACCUUUUGGAAAACUUCAACAGCUAUUUAGAAAUGCAGCUGUGGUCUAUGAUUUUCUCUCCAGGCUUAUUGAAAAAGCUUCCAUCAACAGAAAGCCUCAGUCACCUCAGCAUUUUGUCGAUGCUUAUUUAGAUGAGAUGUAUCGAGGUAAAAAUGACCCAUCGUGUACUUUCUCCAAAGAAAACCUCAUUUUUUCCGUGGGUGAACUCAUCAUUGCUGGAACCGAAACUACAACCAAUGUGCUGCGGUGGGCAAUUCUUUUCAUGGCCCUUUAUCCUAACAUUCAAGGACAAGUUCAGAAAGAGAUCGAUUUAGUUAUGGGACCCACUGGGAAGCCUUCUUGGGAUGACAAAAGCAAAAUGCCUUAUACGGAGGCAGUUUUGCAUGAAGUUUUAAGAUUCUGUAAUAUAGUACCAUUAGGGAUUUUCCAUGCAACCUCUGAAGAUGCAGUUGUACGUGGUUAUUCCAUUCCUAAAGGCACAACAGUAAUUACCAACCUUUAUUCUGUACACUUUGAUGAAAAGUACUGGAGAAACCCAGAAAUAUUCUCUCCUGAGCGAUUUCUGGACAGCAGUGGAUAUUUUGCCAAGAAGGAGGCUUUGGUUCCUUUUUCCCUAGGGAAAAGACAUUGCCUUGGAGAGCAGCUGGCUCGGAUGGAGAUGUUCCUGUUUUUCACAGCAUUGCUCCAGCGGUUUCACUUGCAUUUCCCGCACGGGCUGGUUCCAGAUCUGAAGCCCAGAUUAGGCAUGACAUUGCAACCCCAGCCCUAUCUCAUCUGUGCAGAAAGACGCUGAAAGUGCUGGCCAUCUUGUGGGAAAAGGUUAUCUGGUUGCCUUUUACCCCUGAACCUUGAUUAUCUAACCAGUGUGUGUGUUUAUACAAAAAUCACAGCAUCAUAAAGCCAAACGAACACAGUCUUUGAAAGUAGUACUAAAGCAAUAAUAAGCAUUAAGUAUGGUUUUUUCCAAGCUUUUGUGACUUCUGAGGUGGAAUUAUCUGUGGA